AUGAAGCUCGGUUUGUUACGUCAGCAAUUGAUCACGCAAAUUCGAAUGGGGAAUUGCGGAGCGAAACCGAUUCCAACAGCGACACUCUUCCUCAAAUUCGGUUAUCAGUUGGUUCACUGUCAAAAAGCGUUGUCCCUUGAUGGAAGAACAUCUUUUUGGCGACGUAGAGGUGCGAAAUUGCCAGGAAGUGUUAGUAUCGUUCCACGCUCUUCAGUGAGUUCCACCGAGAAUGAAAGCGGCAGCAAACCACCGAUACUGGUUGGUGCACGAUACAACUAUACGAGCUUAGUGACAAGUCAUCGUCCCGGAGAUAAAAACGCACCCAUCGCUAUGCUACCUUGUCAGUAUCCUUCCAAUUCGUCUUCCGCGUUGUCUUUGCCGGGCAUUCAGGCUUUCAAAUCGUAUUCUUCCAAAAAAUCACCAUCGCCCAAACGACCUUCACCUUUAACGCAGCAUCAACGCUCCUUAUCUUCUACUCACAAAUCAUUCGACGCCUUUCUCAUGGAUACUAACGAUGAAUGGAAUGAUACGCUAGAAUACGCUACUGUUCGUGAACCACCCCAAAUCACCAACUCGGAACCGAAUCAGCCCCUUUCAACUUCUUCAGACGCUGCUAGUCCGACAGAGACACCGACCGUUUCAAAGGUUUCCCCUAAACCAGCUAAACCAGCUAAUCCUCGUGGCAUGAAAGAUCAUCUCGAUAGUAUAUUGAACGAUCCGACCAAUAUCCUAUUAUAUACCAAUCCGGAAGACACGUUGGAUUCAGCCCGAACGAAUAAAUUCAAAGAGGUUCUCUCAAACACCAAUGUGGAUCUCGUGGCAUUACGAGCACUCAGUUGGAGUGGAAUACCAAAAGAAUUUCGUUUGAUGGCAUGGCAGUUAUUACUGGGUUAUCUUCCAUGUAAUUCAGCGCGACGUGUAGCCACAUUAGCAAGGAAGAGAAAAGAAUAUUCGGACAGUGUAGCUGCAUCGUACGCAAGAGGAAUAGCUGGGUUGGAUCAAGCCUUAUGGCAUCAGAUACAUAUCGAUAUACCCCGAACCAAUCCCGGUGUUCCUUUAUAUCAAUACGAAGCUACUCAGUUGUGCUUGGAACGCAUCCUUUAUCAAUGGGCAAUACGGCAUCCUGCAAGUGGAUAUGUACAAGGCAUCAAUGACCUUGUGACACCCAUUUUUGAAGUAUUUCUUGCUGCGUAUAUAGAUGAAGAUCCGGAAGAUUAUGAUGUGAGUCAGUUGGAUCCUUCGAUCCUAUCAGUGAUCGAGGCAGAUAGUUUUUGGUGCCUUUCCAAACUACUAGAUGGCAUUCAGGAUAAUUAUACCUUUGCGCAACCGGGAAUUCAGCGACAGAUCGUGACAUUAAAGGAGUUGGUGUGUCGUAUUGAUGCACGUUUGACAAACCAUUUGCAAAAUGAGGGAAUUGAGUUUAUUCAAUUUGCUUUCCGGUGGAUGAACUGUCUGUUGAUGCGAGAACUUCCUCUGAAGAGUAUUAUUCGUAUGUGGGAUACGUACUUGGCGGAAGGAUCAUCGGAAGGGUUUUCGGAGUUUCACGUCUACGUAUGCGCGGCGUUUCUGGUCAAAUGGUCGGAACAAUUGCAAAAGCUGGACUUUCAGGGAGUCAUGAUAUUUCUACAGCAAUUGCCAACGCAAGGAUGGUCCGAAAAAGAUGUCGAACUCUUGCUGUCCGAGGCUUAUAUGUGGAAAACAUUGUUUCAUAAUGCGCCCAGUCAUUUGAAGUAACAAUUAAAAAAAAAGGCUAAAAGGGAAAAGAUGACCCGUCUACAGUGACUCAGUUGCAAUGAAACGAGGCAGUGUAUCCAUAGUGUCGGUUUCAUCGCUCAUGACAGAGAAAAGCGAGAUCUUGGAGCGGAUUGGGGAGUCAAGCCAGGGGGAAUUGUAAAUCUAGGAGGGAAAGAUUUGCGCACUUAUUAUUGUUGUUAGUAUAUUUGUUGUUGUUGUUGUCUUGGUUUUGAUAAUGUAGUUGUGGAAGGUGUCCUUAUGAUGAUUAACUUUUUAAGGUUCUUGGCCGAAGUAAACAAAAGCACUGGGAUUGGGGUGAUUCAUGCUUGUUGGUUUUGGGUGGACCCCUGAAACGGUUCAACUAGGCUAAACCCUUCUCCACAUUCUGUCCCUUAACAUGAUGGUGGCACAAAAGAGCCACCAUCAGGGUCGAGUCCAGACUGUG